GAAAAAAAACAAGAGCUAAAAAAAGUUUAAUAAAUAUACAUUCAAAGAGAACACAAAAACAACUUUUGAGCAUAAAAAAGCUUUUUUUGUAAUAAUUCACAAUAGUGUGUUGAUAAAAAUAAAGUGUAUAACAUAAACAAGACAGCAGAGUUUGACAGCUCAAGAAAAUUUUCAAGCUAAAAAUAAACUUUUAAUAAGAAAAAAAAAGAAAUAAACUUUUAUACAAAAUUUAAGAAAAAUUAACAAAUUUUUAAUAAAAUAUUGAAAAAAUUCUAAAACAAGUGAAAAUAUAAUCUCUAACCUAACCUCACUAUUAAAAAUCAGACAAUUUUGUUUUUGUGCAAGAGGUGAUUUGUUUAGUUGGAGCAACUGUACACUGUAAAGUGAGGUGGAGCAAAAAGCUUAUUUUUGUCUUUUAUUUUUCUACACAAAAAGUGGGGAAAUUGACACAGAUUUUGGCGCCAAUUUUUUGACAGUUGCCCUAACUAAAAGAAAAAAGACGCAAAAUAAUAAGUAAAAUAAAAAAAACAUAAAAGUGAAAAAAAUAAAAAUAUCAAAACAAGUGAAGGUUAAAAUUAAUUACAAAUAAAUUAAACAAAAAAAAGCAACAAAAAUGUCGGCUGCCCGUGUUUUGAAUCCCAUGUUAAAUGAAUUCUGCAAAAUGACUUCCAGUCCUCAUGCCUUAAGGACAAAUCUAUCAUGUGGUCGUCAAUUGAAUCGCAUCAAAAGAGAUCUCUUUGGUCCUGCAAAUCCCAUUGAAACCAAUAAAAUCUUCAAUGAGGAAUUGGAAAAACACCAAGAGAAGGCUGCCAAGAAAUGGGGUUUUGAUUUUCGCAAUGGUUCUCCUUUAUCGGCAAAUUCCCAAUAUAUCUGGGAACGUGUGUCAACACAAGAAAGUUGCAUAGCACCCGAAAUGUAUACCUUAACUAGAGUUGCCCAUGUUAGACCUGUGCCAACAACCCCUGCACCCAAAACUCACAUGGAAAUAUUAAUGGAUGAACGAGCCGAUCGUGAAAAUUUCAAUAUUUCUCAAACUUCAGCCACCGAUACAGAUUCCUGCGAUGAUUCACAAGAUGAAUCAAUGGUUGUUUUUAAAGUUCCCGCUGGUCCCCAUCAUGCUGAAGCCACUUUGGCGGUGCCACGCAAAACACAACUGCGCAAAAGACAACCUAAAAUUACAGAAUACAUGAAAGAACGCAAACGUUUGGCUCAAACACCCAAAAAAGUAUCUCCUGCUAAGCGUAUGCGUACCUCUUCUGGUUCCUCCUCAUCAUCAUCUGCAUCACAUUUUAAUCAUGCUGUUAAUGCCAACAGCAUAGCAGCGCAUUUUUCUGUAAGAACACAGCGUCAUAAUUAAAAAAAAAAAAAACAAAGAAAUGUUAUUUAGCAUUUCUUUUAUAAUUAAUUUUACUAAAUAACUUUUGUAUUUAACAUAAUAACUAAAUUAUAACUUUUAAAUUUAAACAAAACAAAAAACAUUUAAAAAAAAUAAAGAAAAAAGUUUUAAUUUUUUCUUUAUUUUUUUAAAAAAAUAAUUAAUUAUAAAUGAAUGCCAUAAACUAAGUUAUUAGUUAUUAAAAAUCUUUAUAUUAUAAGUUUAGUUUUAUAUAAGUUUCUUCCUUAACUCACUUUUCACCUCCUCACCUUCUCUCUAAAGGCUUAUGAACAAAAAACAAGUCCUUCAUUUUACUUUUAAACAAUUUACCAAAAAAAAUUUCUUAAAUUUUACAAAAAAACAUAUUACUUUAAGUAUGAAUUAACAACAAAUAUGUUUUUUAAUACAACACCAAACACCUCCCUCUACAUUUUACCUAUUUAAAGCUUUUUGAAAGGUUUCUUUUGUUUUGCCAAAAUAAGAAAUGUUUCAUUAACCUUUAAAUAUUUUUUAAAAAAAAUAUUUAAAAAAUGUAAACUAAAAGGUUUAAUUCUUUAAAAAAA